UGACUGUGAAGAAGAGACUGCGCGUGACUGUGAAGAAGAGCAGAAUGACGCUGCGCCUCGAGCGAGAUGCUGAUGAGGAUAUUUCACUCAGAGAGACUUUAACUCGCUUCUUGUUUAUUCUUUAUGUUCAGUGAUUCUGCUGCUCACUGACAAUCUUAAAGUGUUGAGUGGAAAUAAGACUUUUAACUGUGUUGUGACUUUGGGCCUGUAUAGCGCAUUUUAGCCGAGUCAUCUUAGCUCGCGCGAGACCCGCCGCAGACACCAAGCCUUGAUCUACGACUAGACGCCGGAUGUUAUGGGGAACAAAUCAUCGUCACGGCCGGAGUCAGACGACAUUGUGGAUCACAACCGAGUCAUCGCUUAAUACUGAAGAGGUCAUGACUGUGUUCAUAAACUUUGACAACUGAGAACAGAACUUUAAGAUGAGUCUCACACAAGAACAGAGUGAAAGAUCAUCUUCAUCUGGAUUGAGCUGUGUGUCUUUGAAGAGUGAUCAAUCUAAAGAUGAUGGACCAUCCUUCAGUGAGAAAACACCAUCAGUUACUGAAAGAUCAGUUUCACCUGUAUUCAGCUUUGUGUCACUCAAGAGUGACGAUUCCAAAGAUGUUGGACCAAACUUUAACGAUAAAACACCAUCAGAUAUCAAAAGUGAACGAUGGCAGGAGACCUUAAUAAAUAUAGGUUCAGAAAUCACUCGAUGGAAAACACUUAAAGAACAAAGAGGAAUAAAGAGUGAUGAAGAACUGACAACUUUUCUGCUGGACAGGAUUCAGUGUGAGACAUCAGCUGCAGACCUCCAUUAUUUUGAAGAUGAAAUUUCCCGCAUCUUUCAGGGUCUUGAAAACAAAAUAGCUGUAUUUUUUAAGAAUGAGCUGGAAAGGUUUAAGAAAAUAUUGAAAAAUGAAAACACACAAUACUAUGUGAAGGACUUUAAGGAGAACAAAAACAACAUCAGGGAAACAGCCCUUGAUGUCACAAUCCACUUUCUGAGAAGUAUGAAACAAGAUGAACUUGCUGAUACUCUGGAAGAUGAGCUGAUCUACACAUGUCAACUAAAAUCAGACCUGGAGAAGAAGUAUAAAUGUGUAUUUGAAGGAAUUGCAAAGCAGGGUGACUCCACACUUCUAAAUAAGAUCUACACGGAUCUGUACAUCACUCAGGGUGGAGGUGAACAAGUCAAUACUGAACAUGAGAUAAGACAGAUCGAGGUUGUUUCCAGACAUCCAAAAUCACCAGACAUACAGAUUAAAUUCAAGGAUUUGUUUAAACCACAUGAACAAACCCAGACCAUCAGAACUGUACUAACAAAAGGAGUUGCUGGCAUUGGAAAAUCUAUCUCAGUGCAAAAGUUUGUUCUGGACUGGGCUGAAGGAAAAGAAAACCAGGAUAUCAGCUUCAUAUUUCCUCUUCCAUUCCGAGAGAUAAACUUGAAGGAGAAAGCAGAAGUAAGUUUAAAGGAUCUUUUAUGUGAGUUUUUCCCAGAGAUUAAAGGACUGGACCUUACCAGAAUGAACAAAAAGGUUCUGUUCAUCCUUGAUGGUUUGGAUGAAUGUCGUCUUCCUCUGAAGUUUGAUGGUAAUGAGAUAUGGAGUGAUAUCACAUCACCUGCUCCUCUGGAUGUUCUCCUGACAAACCUCAUCAAAGGAAAUCUGCUUCCUCACGCUCACAUCUGGAUAACCACCAGACCAGCAGCAGCCGGUAAGAUUCCUCCUGAGUGUAUCGACAGAGUGACAGAGGUCAGAGGAUUCAAUGAUGAACAGAAGAAAGAAUACUUCAGAAAGAGAUUCACAGAUCAGAAUAUGGCCGACACAAUCAUUGAUCAUGUUAAAAAAUCAAAGAGUCUCUUCAUCAUGUGUCACAUCCCAGUGUUCUGCUGGAUUUCAGCAACUGUGCUCCAGAACAUUCUGGAGAAGAAGAGCAAAGAUCAGACUGAUGACACACAGGAGUCAAACACUGAUGAUACUCCUAGAACUCUGACACAAAUGUACACACACUUCUUUCGCUUUCAGAUUCAACAGAGCAGAAGAAAGUAUGAUGGAGAAUACUCGCCUGAUAUCUCCUGGGACAUGGACUCAAUCUAUUCACUGGGGAAACUGGCUUUUGAACAACUAGAGAAAAACAACCUGAUCUUCUAUGAGUCAGAUCUGGAGGAUUGUGGCAUUGACGUCACUAAAGCUUCUGUGUAUUCAGGGAUGUGCACUCAGAUCUUUAAACAGGAGACAGGGAUCAUUCUUGGUACUGUGUACUGCUUUGUUCACUUGAGCAUUCAGGAGUUUAUCGCAGCUCUGUAUGCACAUCUGUUUCUAGACAUGAACAAGAAAAGUGUAUUAGUUCAAGAACACAUGGAGGCAGAAGCCCAGAAUGAAACUCUGACUGGUUUACUGAAGACUGCAGUGGAUAAGGCACUUGAGAGUGACAAUGGACAUCUGGAUCUUUUCCUUCGCUUCCUCCUCGGUCUGUCACUUGAGUCCAAUCGACCUCUCCUACGAGGUCUGUUGUCACAGGAAGAGAGCAAUAAGCAGAACAACACAGAAAUAGUCGAGUACAUCAAGAAGAAAUUUGAAGAUAGUUUAUGUCCAGAGAGAUCCAUCAAUCUGUUUUACUGUCUGAAUGAACUGAAUGAUCAAACUCUGGUACAAGAGGUUCAGAAGCAUCUUAGUGAAGGAAGUCUGUCGUCUUCUGACCUCUCACCUGCUCAGUGGUCUGCUCUUGCUUUUGUGUUGCUGACAUCAGAUGAGGAACUGGAGGAGUUUGAGCUUCAGAAAUUCAAGAAAUCAGAUGAAUGUCUCAUUAGAUUACUGACCGUGGUCAAGUCCUCCAAACAUGCUCUGUUGAAUGACUGUAAUCUAACAGACAAGAGUUGUUCAGCUCUGGCUGAAGUUCUGAGCUCAGAUAACAGUCUUGAGGAGCUAAACAUGAGCGAUAAUAAUCUACAGGAUUCAGGGGUCAAGCUGCUGUGUGCUGGACUGAAGAACAUAAAGUGUGAACUAAAGAAACUGAAGCUCAGUAAGUGUGAUAUAACAGAAGAAAGUUGUUCAGCUCUGGCUACAGUUCUCAGUUCAGACUCCAGCAGUCUGAAGGAUCUCAACAUGAGCAGAAAUAAUCUACAGGAUGAUAGAGUCAAGGGGCUUUCUGAAGGAUUGAAGAACACUAAUUGUGAACUGAAUAAACUGAGUCUGUCUGAGUGCAGUAUUGGAGAAGAAGGUUAUAAAUGUUUAUAUUCAGCUGUGAGAUCAAACCCUGAAUCACAUCUGAUAGAGCUGGAUCUCAGAGGAAAUGAUCCUGGAGAAACAGGAGUCAAACUCAUCUAUCAGUUAAUACAAGAUCACAAGUGUAAACUCAACACUGUUAAGUUCUUGAGCAGCUCUUCUGCAGUUGAAGCCUUUGAGUAUCUGACAGAAACUCUUGGUAUAAAUCCUUUACUCCAGAGAGAAGUGAAUCUGAGUGAUCAUAAACUAGACGAGUCAAGAGUGAAUCAGAUCUGUGAUCUACUGAAGGACAAACACUGUCGCAUCAACACACUCAUUCUGAGUAACAGCAGUAUUACAGCAGGAGGAUGUGCUGAUCUGAUGUCAGCUUUCACUUCAAACCCUUCACAUCUGACACAUCUGGAUCUGAGUCUCAAUAAACUAGAAGAUUCAGGAAUGAUGAAGAUCUCUGAUCUGUUGAGAAACUCACAGUGCAGACUACACAAACUAGAUGUGUCCGAGUGCAGUAUUGGAGAAGAAGGUUAUAAAUGUUUAUAUUCAGCUGUGAGAUCAAACCCUGAAUCACAUCUGAUAGAGCUGGAUCUCAGAGGAAAUGAUCCUGGAGAAACAGGAGUCAAACUCAUCUAUCAGUUAAUACAAGAUCACAAGUGUAAACUCAACACUGUCAGGUUCUUGAGCAGCUCUUCUGCUGUGAAAGCCUUUGAGUAUCUGACAGAAACUCUUGGUAUAAAUCCUUUACUCCAGAGAGAAGUGAAUCUGAGUGAUCAUAAACUAGACGAGUCAAGAGUGAAUCAGAUCUGUGAUCUACUGAAGGACAAACACUGUCACAUCAACACACUCAUUUUGUCUGAGUGCAGUAUUGGAGAAGAAGGUUAUAAAUGUUUAUAUUCAGCUGUGAGAUCAAACCCUGAAUCACAUCUGAUAGAGCUGGAUCUCAGAGGAACUGUCAGAUUUCUGAAGAGUUGUGCUGCAGAAGAAGCUUGUGAUCAUCUCUGUAAAGCUCUAGAUGUGAAUCCAUUACUGCUGAAAGAACUCAAUCUGAGUCACAAUAAACUGGGAGAUCUGGAUGGAGAGAAACUCUCGGCUCUAUUGAUGGACUCUCACAGCAAAGUGACUAAAAUCAUAUUGAAUGAUUGUGAGCUGACAGAGAAUCAGUGUUCAGCUCUAGCUGCUGUUCUCUCCUGUAAAACCCUCGUGAAGGAGAUGAAUCUGAGCAACAGUCCACUGAUGGAUUCAGGACUCAAACACAUCUGUGACCAACUCAAGAAUCCUCAGUGUCAACUCCAGAUACUCAAUGUGUCCGAGUGCAGUAUUGGAGAAGAAGGUUAUAAAUGUUUAUAUUCAGCUGUGAGAUCAAACCCUGAAUCACAUCUGAUAGAGCUGGAUCUCAGAGGAAAUGAUCCUGGAGAAACAGGAGUCAAACUCAUCUAUCAGUUAAUACAAGAUCACAAGUGUGAACUCAACACUGUCAGGUUAAGAGCGUGUGGUUUGACAGAUGAAGGUCUUGUUGCUCUGACUUCAGCUCUGAAUUCAAACCCGUCACACUUGAGAAAACUGGAUCUGAGUGUAAAUCCACUAAGAGACUCAGGAGUUGAACAUCUCUGUGCUCUUCUGAGUAAUUCACAAUUCAGACUGAAAACACUCCAUCUGUGUAGAUGCAGUAUUAAAAAGACACAGCUUGACAAGCUGAUUUCAGCUCUGUGUUCAAACCCGUCACAUCUGAGAGAACUGAACCUCAGUGGAAAUAAAAUAAAGAACACCGGAGUGAAGCUCUUGUGUCGACUACUUGAACAUUCACAAUGUAAACUGGAGAAACUGAAUCUAUAUGAGUGUAAUAUCACAGAUGUCACUGCUUUAACUGAUACUUUGGCUCAGACACAAGCAUUAAGGUUCUUAAAGGAGCUUGAUCUGAGUAACAAUUACAUAAAAGAACAGGAGCAGCUCCGUGAAGUGCUAAAGAGGUCAAACUGUGAACUGCGUCUACUGCCAUUUUUUUGGCCAUUUAAACGAUUGAUUUUCCAGUCAUCAUCAGAUGAGGAAGACGAGGACACUUCAUCUCAAAAUGUAAAACCAAAGGAUCAAGUUUAAGCUGGCUGGAGCACAGAUAGAGAGACUGAGGUUUCAUGAGCUUUAAUUAUACAGCGUCUUGACAAACACAUUGUUUGUUUUCAGCUCCCUGUGUUUAGUUUUAAUGAAGACCUAGGUUUUGUUUUACUUUAAUAUCUAUGACAAUGAACUUGUAAACUUUUCUGUGAAAAUAGUCUGUAGAUCCUGUUUUUAGACAUCACAAGACACACUUCAUCAACAUCAUGUAUAAAGUACACUGUAAAAAUUAAAACAUGCGAUUUACUUAAAAAAAAAUUUGGUAAUAUUAUUACACUUCUUUUUUUUAUUAGUUUUUAAUUAGUUUUGUGGAAUUUACCUUAAUAAAUAAAGUAAAAUUCUCUUGACUAUUCAAUCAACGGCACAUGAUGACUUUGUAUCAUUUAAGCAAUGUGCUUUAUUUAUUUGUCUCACAAGUAAGGUUAGUAAAAUAUCCUCAUUUGUAUUGAUGAAAAUGACUUGAAAAUAAAAUGUACUACCAAGUCGUCAAAGCAGAUUUAAGACUUUUCAAGAAAAAUUUUGUUCCACAAACGUCUGGGAAAGUUUCACAUUCCGGAUUUUUUAUAACAACUUGUAGCAAAACGUGAUGUAACAAAAACGCGUAGACCAAUCUCAAACGCUUAAUCCCGUUUUCAACAGAACUUGGUACAAUGUGUUGUCUCAAUCUAAGUCGAGAGGAGUUUGUUUUUAAGUGAUUGUAUUUUGCCGGACAACUUGCACACAUCGAGUUCAAAGAGCAGCUUUUGAACGGCCUCAAAUAUCUUCUUCAGUAUUUUCGGGUAGGUGAGGUUUAGUGCAUACGUGAGGCCAAGAAGAACAGCACAGGCUCUAGCCAUAUUGCCCAAGCCAGUUAUGACUUGCACCCCCUCCAAGAUGAUGAUGUCCUCCUGAUGAUCUCCUUUGCAGAUGGCAAUUUUCAUUAUGUGCUGCAGUAUAUCUGGCUGCACAUCUCCGUCGUCACACUGUCAAACAAAUAUUACAUGAGUCGUUUCAGACGGUCUAUCUCUAUACUGCGUUUGAUGUCCAUAUUUUUCUAAUUGAUUUGUGUAUGGUUGUAAACAAAACGGUGGAGUGAGGUUUACAUACACAGUUCCUACAAGUUGCUCUCUGCAUGUAAAGGACAUAAUAUUCUUCUAUACAUCACACCUUUUGAGUUUGAGAACAGUAACUUAUAACCAUCAUUUUUUACACGAUUUCAAUGGUCCACUUUAGACAUUCUACUAACUGUAAGUAUACAUGCCAACUAACUCUCAUCAGAGUAAUACACUUGUGGGCAAAAGUUUUGGGACACUUGAGGUGUUUACACAAAUGUUGAAAGUAGUCCUUUUUAGAAGAAUGUUGUGUAUUAUGUAACGGGUACUGUGGCGACGGCACCCGGAAGGGACAGAUUAUUCUCCUGUAACACACAGGAGAGAAACGAGGAGACAGUGUGUCACGUUCAAGCUCUCUGGAGUAAUUUAUUCACAAUAUCAUUCAACAAAUAUCUGUCUCUCAAAGUCACAUUAUGCUUCACAUAUCACUUUUUCAAUGUCUUCUUAACAUUAUAAUGACUUUCAGUGUUCAUGUCAAUUCAAAUUCUGCAAUAAAAUAAACUUUUCUAUUUCA